UGGUCGCGGGCGAGCGGACAGGGUGCCUUAUCUCCCAGCUACGAAGGGAGCCUCCACACUUUACAAAACAAAAUGGAAGACAGGUUGGACGAAGCCAUCCACGUGCUGAGGAAUCACGCCGUGGGUCAGACAGCCGCCAUGCCGAGCAACCACGGGGACAUGCACGGGCUGCUGGGCUCGGCGCCGGCUCACAGCACCGCUGUGGGCAGCUUGGGCCAGGCCUUCCCCGCCUCGGUCAUGUCCCUGGGGGUGGGAGGAGGUCACACGGAAGAUGGGUUGUCCAGCAACCCCAGCAUGCUCCACAACCAUGUCACACUUCCGUCACAGCCCAGCUCACUCCCCGACCUCAACAGGCAGCAAGACACGUACAGGGGGCUGGGGCGAAGCAGUGUCUCCUCCGGAACCAGCGAAAUAAAGAGGGAAGAGAAGGAGGAUGAAGAGAACACGUCAGUGGCGGAUAACUCUGAAGAGGAGAAGAAGGAGCUGAAACCCUCCCGGAACAGAACAAG